GGCGACCACUGAGGGACAAACGUUCACCUGAGGCCAUGAUUGGGGGUGAGGAAUGUGGAGAGAAAGGCAGCAAGCGGAGCGCGGGCUGAGAAGGAAGUGGAAUAUGACGGAAAGAAGGAAAGCACUGCAGCAGUGGUGGAGAGAGUAAGGGAAGAUGCUCAAAAGAAAGGAAGGAGCUGCUGCAGAAGAAAGAAGGAGUGGCGCGUGGAAGUGCGCGACGAGGGAGCAAGGAGAGGAAGCAGGAGACUGCGCGUGGGGAAAGGGAGAGGCGUUCUGGGCAAAAGCAUUUCCCCGUCCCUCGGGUGUAGUCGUACUGCGAUGGAGCGUGGCCAGCGCCGUGGGUGUCCUGGCCGGCUGUGUGCUGGGCGACCUCCCUGUAAGCAGGGCUCGGGUCUUUGCUGUAGUUGGCCUUUUGCCUUGUUGCUCCUUUGGCUGCCUGGGGAGCGUGGCCCCCUGUAAGCAGGGUGAGAGCCGCCUCUCCGCACCCGAGUGGGAAACGGAGCUCGCUGGACCCCACGGCCACCCUGUAAGCAGGGCAGUGCCGUUUUCCCCGCCCCUCUUCCUCUGGCCGCUCAGCGCUGUUGCCUGCUGGUGGCCUGUCAGCGUGGCGGCCCUGUACUCGGGGUGUGUGUCGUGUCACUUGGCCUUUGGCCUUAGCUGGGAACUCAGCCCCUUGGCACGUUGAGGUCCGUGGCCUCCGUGCGGCCCGGGGACAAACACAGGCUCUUGUCUGUUGCUCGUGGGUGUGGGUUUAUUCCCAGGGAUUGGCUGCGCUGCGUUGUCCUUCCCUUCUGGAAAGCCACGUCUGUGUGUGUGCGUUCCCCUUCCUCUCCUGGUGCUUGUGGAGUGACUGAGCGAUUGAGCUUUCCCUUAGGUCUUCCUAAAAACGGCUGCAGCUUAGCUUGGACUUCCCAGAGGGGAAUGGAGGACUUGGUGCAUGCCGCAAGGAGGAGGGGGUGUUCCCUCUUAGUCCCACGAGUGCAGCGAGCGUUCUGUCUUGCCCCUUGUUUCUUAGACCAGACCGGAGCCUCAUGGUGGUUCUGUGGCGGAGGCUGCUCUGUAGCCAGGGCUUGGGCCCGUCCCUGCGUGGCCGCCUGUCUUGCUGGUGGCGUGACAGCCCUGUACUCGGGGUGUGUGUCGCAAGUUGUGCCGCCCCUCUUGUCCCUGGAGCAGCCCGCCCCGCCUGUAAUCAGGUCUGGGGUGUCUGCAGUGCUGCAGCCGGCUGCUUUAGCCAUCCAGUUUGUGGGAAUGACCCCUCCCUGGCCUGCUAGAGGGUGCAGGUUGAGGUGCUGCUUUGUGGUUGGGGUGGCCUCCCUGCUGUGCGGGUUGAGGUGGCUCCCGAAGACGUGGUGUUACGCUGCAGCCGGGCGGGCCGGCCCGUACCUCGGGCAUUGGCGGGAGCCUCGUGCUCCGUGGGGCUUUGUGGAAGUGGCGAGGCAUGGGGUACCGUCCUGUAGGCAGGGCUGGGCAUGCCCCUUCUGGGAGUGCUUGGUGCGGUGUGUUCUGAGGGCCCCCCUGUAUACUCAGGCGGGCGUCUGUAGCCUGGGCCUUUUAGAGGCGCUGGCAGAGAGAUUUGGUCCGGGCUUGUGCCCUCGCUGGGAUCCCGACCCUGGCCUUUGGCCGUGCUGCCCCACUGCCUGGCUGCUGAGAGUCGUUCCUGCUGCUGGGGGGGAAACCGAGCUCUGUGGCCUGCAGGGUGUCACGGACCCGCCUGUAAUCAGGGUCUGGGUUUGGGAGUCUUUGUGCUCUGCUGGCAGCCCGUGCGGGGUGACCGCCCCGUUAGCGGGGUGCGGGUUCACAAUGCCCCAGACUGGGAGAGAAGGAGCCUCCCUUGGCCUGUACGACCUGGGCUGCCCUGUAAGUCGGGGUCCGGCAGCGCCCUGAGUUCUCAGGCCUUUUGUGAUGGUAGUGGUGCCUGGAGCCCCCUGUAAGCAGGGGAGGUGACUCUUUGGCUGCUGCAUAGCGUGCCCAGCUCAAUUUGCCCAGUCUGCCCGCCCCUGCACCCUGCGCAGCACCGGCUGGAACUCCACGGCGCAUCUGUGAGGAGCUGCUGCAGAAGAAAGAAGGAGUGGCGCGUGGAAGUGCAAGAUAAAAUAGUACUUUAUAUAGAAGUGGGUUAUUAGUUUUUUAUUAAUAAAUUUUGUCUUUUGUGUUUUUGUGUUUUCCUUGGUUUUGUAUGGCUUGCUGGUUCAUACGUUUUUCUUUUUUUCUUUUGAGCUUUCAUGUACUUUCUGCUGCCAAGUUGAAGAGAUGACUGUGUCUGAAUCUUGUCUCUAGUGUUUAGUGGUGUUUUUUUUUUUUUUGUCAUUUGGUGGUUUAAACUGUAGGUGUCUUUCUGUUAUCCUUUUUUGAAUACCAUGACCUAUGUUGGUUUCCAGUUUUCUUUGAAUUUAAGGGUUUUUUUGGCUGUGAUUGUUGUGUUUUG